CCUACGAUUAAAGAACUUUACAUCUUAUCUUGCUAAUAAAAUUUGUUUGACCUAAGUUCAUUUUGUAAUUCGUUUUUUCUUUGAAUUUCUCUUACACGCAUGAUCAACGAGCGUCAAUAACAAGGGCCCGCACGUUUUCUGAAGAAUCAAACAACCGAAUUCAACGAACAUCUUCACUCUCUUCCCCAAUAACUCAAUGAUUCCCAGAAUCCCCAAUUUGGUCGUCGAUGUUAAAUCCCUUUCUUGUUGAUCGUAUCAAUGUGACUAUUAAUCUACUAGCAUCACAAUGAUCGAGGGGUUUAACAUCAAGCAGGUGAGAUGGAGCGCUAUGUUUCUAGGGAUUUCGAAUCUUCUAUUGAUAAUCAUCAACAUCAUUUUGAUCACCGUGGCUUAUCCGGACUGUGACUUUGGAGAUAUUAUUCCAUUUAUUGUGAUUCUUUUUGUCUCGUUUCUGAGAAUAGUCACGAUGAUUCCGAUCGCAAUUUCCCAAAGAGCUACGGCCAUGACGAUUAUUAAUACUCCUUCCGAAAAACGAGCUGUUGGAACCCUAAUUCGGCGUCAUCGGCGGAUUAGAUACAGGAAGUGGAUACGGUGGACCCGAUUUGCAUUUGUAAUUACAAUGUUCCAGUUUAUGAGUGCAAGUUAUCUUGUAUUCAGUGUUUCAAGAAAUGUUUUUGAAGAUCGAACUCCAAAUGCAUGUGUAUUAGGGAUUCUUUCAACUAACAAGAUCUGGCUGCAUAGUAUGUUGGUUCUAUUCAUCAUCAUGGUGUGUUUUGUCACACUGUUACAAUGUUUUUCAGGAUCUGAUGUUUUAAGAUGGAGAUCUUUCUACACAAAUGAAAACAAAGCAUGGAAACACCAUUACCAUGAGAUAUUUGAUCAUGGCAUCCGUGAGGCAUUGUGCUGUAUGGGACGUAUAAAAUACUUAACUGCAAUGGAGGAAGAUGAAGUUUUCUCAGUGGCACAGUUACUGGGUGACCUUGUUGCUUAUCGUGCAUCUGGGAAAGGACAUCUAGAACUCUUGGCAGGCCUAGCUUUGUUGCAAAGGGAAAGCCGAAUGCCUAAUUUUCAAGAGGAAGUCACGGUGGCUUCUCAAGAAUUGAUUCAAGGAGCUGCUGAUUUUCAUCCUUAUGCAGAAGCUGCCUAUACAGGUCUUUUACUAGAUGUUGGAAGAAAUCCUGUAUUGUUCCUUUGUGCAUGGUUGCAUAGGCAAGGGAUUUGGACACCUUGGGUUAGAAAUAAGCUUCCUGAACUCAAAGGGGACAAUUGGUGGAGAGGUCAUGCAAAAGCUUUUUUAAAAUAUGUCAAUUUGCCCCCUGAUACACUUCGACAAGGACGUGUCUAUCAGGCGAGAUGUGAAGCAGCAUACUUUGUUGUGGUUCUUCAUGACAUAAAAUCUGUUGUGAUUUGUGUGAGAGGAACUGAAACUCCUGAAGAUUUACUAACAGAUGGUUUAAGUAAGGAAUGUGUGCUUGCUACAGAAGAUAUAGAUGGUUUGAUAUAUGGUAAUCUUAUUCCACCAGGUUCAGGAUAUUAUGGACACUCCGGUAUAGUCGAGUCUGCACGUGAUCUCUAUCAGCAAAUUGAUGGAAAUCCUGAAAAAAAAGAAUUCCAAGCUGGCGGAUUGCUUACUUCAUUGCUGGGAGAGGGAUGUGAGUGUGAAGGCUACAACCUUCGCAUUGUGGGACAUUCCCUUGGUGGAGCUAUCGCUUCAAUGCUAGGAUUAAAGUUAUAUGGUCGAUAUCCUCAGUUACAAGUUUAUAGUUAUGGCCCACUUCCAUGUGUAGAUUCAGUCUUAGCAAAUGCAUGUUCAGGUUUUGUCACAAGUAUUGUGUACGAUAAUGAAUUUUCAUCGCGCCUUUCGCUUGCUUCGAUCAUGAGGUUGCAAAGAGCUGCCAUGCUGGCACUAUCGAAUGACAGGGAUGCUGACUCAGCAAAAAUGCAGAAACUUGCAAGAAGGUUUCUUUCAGUGAGCACUUAUCUAUGGCACAAGCCUCAUGAAGAGCCUUGUUCUUCUUCAGGGUCGAGCUCAUUGCCACCAAGAAAUGAAGACGAGGGUCACGCUAUACGUGUGAGCUUUCGGGAACAAAAUGAAGAUUCCAAUCAUUGGCAUAAUAUAGACAUAAAUGAUACAUCGGAUGAUGAUAAUAAUGUCAAUCGCAGACGUUUUUCAUCAAAUAGAAACUCUAAUCCGUAUUAUGAGCCUCCACAUGAUGAGGAGACAUCACGUGAUCAUCUUGUAUCACAGUACAUGGAAGCCAUGCCAUCAUCACAUGAAAAAGAGGAGACACAUGAAAACUUUAGAGAAAUGUUUUUGCCAGGUGUCAUCAUUCAUAUAAUCCCCGACAAGAAAAAUAACAAUGUCCCUCUUUAUAGAAGAUGGAAGAGUACACUAACCACACAGUGUGGGUUUGAAGCUUAUGUGGUUAAAAAGGAAGCUUUCAUGGAUUUGAUUGUAUCGCCUUCUAUGUUCAUUGAUCACCUCCCAUGGAGAUGUUCGUAUGCUUUGAAGAAAUUACUUGAAAAGCGGAGUCUUCAACAAGAGUGUGAUGGGUGA